CGGUUGCCGGGGGAAGAGGAGGUUGUGUCUAAUGAGGUCACACCCUGGCAACCCAGUGACUCCACCCACUCAGUCCCACUCACCGCCCCUUCUUUCCGCUUGGUCCCCUCUGAGUGUGCCCACCCACUCAACCCCCACCUCCCUUCACCCUCUGACAGAAAGAGCUCUCCGUGGUGCUGAAAGCAGAAAAACACAUCCAGGCUCCAGUUACAGUGCAGCUGCAAAAAGAAGGCAGGCGAGACACGCAAGACAAAAAGAAAAGAGACUCGGGUAUGAGUGCUUAUCAGGAUGAGUUGAAAAGCACACAUCGAGGGAAAUAGGAGUGUAGGAAGAAGGAGAGAGAGAGAGUGGCUGACGCUGUAGUAGAAGGUGGCUACAGUAAGCAGUGGGCGUGUUCUUCUUGUUGUGAUCUAUAGCUGGGAAGCCCAGUGUCAUCUGCUUAAGCACAGACAGACUGUACAGACCUCUGUGGACAAGCAGGACUGAGGGAGCCGGCAGGGAACGCCAUGACUGGAAACACACACCACUCUGCUUCACCUGGGUCCCAGCCUUCAGGGCACCAUGGAUGAGGAUUCCUUUCACCUGUGAGACACUCUGAGACAUUUUGUGUAUUUGGACAGUAAAGCAGAAAGUGCGAAAUUACGGGAAAGAACCAUUAGUAAGACUCUGCGUGCCUGGUCUGCAACUGCGAGACUUUGAUGUGAGAGUGUGUUCAUGUGUAUUUUUGUCAUGCUUGCAGUUGCGGGUGCGGUCUGUUGCUGUGCUGCGUCUUCCUUCUGUCUCUAGCAUGUGCAGAUGUGUGGAGUAGUGAAACUGGUACUUGGCUUGGAGUUUGGCAACGCCUGGACUGGAGGGGUCGCAUCUCCCUUUUGUGCCCAGGGGAGGGAGCAUUGGGCUGGGCACCCAAUGGUCUACCUCCCCUCUAGCACCAGCCUUGUUCUGGGUGACAGGGACUCCUUCUGGCAAGUCAAUUAGUUGGACCAUACAAUGGAUGGAAGUCUAUGUGGAUUUAAGUGGAAUAGUGCACUGGUGCUCCAGCAUAGGUCAGAGUUCACUAGCGUGCACUGGACUCAUCAGGGGAAGACAAAAGACACAUUGGUCCACAAACCAGCAGGGACACAGCCCCAUUAAUGCUGUGGAUACACCUGAAGAAUGAUGAGCUCCAAAGAGGAGGAAACUCUCCGUUUUUUCCAGUAUAUUGAAGAGAAUGGGCUGAGAGCCUACAACGGCCUGGUAGCUCAGAACUUGGACCACGCCAGGAAUGAGAGAAAUAGGACAUUCCUGCAGGAGAAAAACGACAAGAAGAGAAAACAGGCGGAAGCCAUAAGGAGGACGGGUGAGGACAUAACAACUGAAGGCAAGCACUUACGUAUGGGCUCCAUUACCAUGCCAGAUCCCCAGGAACGCAUGCCCAUGCCUCACCCGCAUGCCCUCGCCUGUGGGCAGGGCUUCUCUGUACGCUCCCAGUCCCUCCACUCUGUCGGUGGUGGGAACAGUGGGGGCGGAGGAGAGGAAGAAGUGGGAAGCCCGACCUCUAGGAAGCAGCCCCCACCCAAGCCCAGGAGGGACCCAGCCACCAAGCUAAGCAUGUCGUCUGAGGCAGUGGACCACAGUCCCGUGUCCACCUGCCGUGGGGAGAAAUGUGACGCAACUCAAGGAUGCAGUGAGGACUGCAGGAGGGUUCCGCCACCCAAACCUAAGAGGAACCCCAACACACAACUGAGUGUUUCCUUUGAUGAGUCCUACAUCAAAAGCCAUGGAGGCAGUGGGAUUUGCCCCUCCAAACCCCUCCACCACGUCAGCUCUCCCUGUGAGCAUAACACCUCACCUCCACAGAGUGAUGAGAGCCCUACAGAUGACUGUGAAGACGAACCGGUCUACAUAGAGAUGGGUGGGAUUGAUGUAGGAGCACGAGAACCCCAGAAGAGUGAGGAUGAGGAACCAGGAGAAUCUGUGUAUGAGGAGAUGAAGUACCCAGCCCUGGAUGACAUGGAGUACCGCACUGACCCUGUGGGAUGUCGCUCUGCAUGCCCCACCCCAGCACCCUAUGACCCCGAACCUCUCAGUCGCUGCUCCACACCUCGAAACAUUCCCCUCUGUGACAUUCCUGCACCCUUUCCUAAUUUACUCACUCACCGGCCUCCGUUGCUGGUGUUCCCACCGGCGCCAGCCCAGUGCUCACCCAACUCAGAUGAAUCUCCCCUCACCCCUCUAGAUGUAGCCAAAUUGCCCAUGCUGGAGAACCAAUCUUACAGCAAAUCCCCAACUUCCUGCACAGAGCCACCCUCCUCUGCACACAUCCGCAGGGAACUCACUGCCACCCCAACCCUCACCGUAUCUGGCCGCUCCUCUGCACCUCCUCUUCCCUGUACUCUCUACAAAUCCUCCUCCUCAUCCUCCUAUCAGCGCAGCCACUCUGCUUGUCCAUCGCCCGUGAGCAUGGGCCGCUGCCUCACCCCUCUGAGCCUCAUGCGUACACCUCCUUUUGAUGCUCCAAUGCCGUUCCCUGGGGGUCUGCCACGGAGCGCCUCUGCCACUCCUCAUGGCAAAGGCUCGCCACCUCAAGACGGUGUGGGCCGACUCCAUGGUUCUAUGCAGAAUGUGUCAACAGGCCGUUCACGGACACCCACUAGCCCACUGGAUGAACUAACCAACCUGUUUACCACCGGCCGGAACAUGCUGAAGAAGAAUUCCAGCGGCAGGAAGUCUAAAGAGCCUGGAGAGACUGAGUCUAAAAGCAAGUCUCACAGCGAAUCUAAGCGUGAAGGCAAGGAGCGCCACAGUCACAGCAAAGAGUCCAAACGAGAGUCCAAGGAUCGCCACAGCAAAGAGUCUUCUCACCGGAGAGACAGAGACAAAGACAAAGAAAGAGGGAGCAAUAGUGUAGAGCCACUGUCUCACAGGCGCAACAGUAAAGACCGCACUUGUAGCAGUGUGGAUGUACUGCCUGUUCGCAGAGACAGCAGGGACCAGGGCUGCAGCAGUGUAGAGCCCAUACCAUUGAUGAGAAGAGACUCCAAGGACAGAGGGAUUAGCAGUGGUGAACUGAUGCCAAGGAGAGACAGCAAAGAUCGGAGCGGGGGACAUGGAAUGGAGUCUUUGCUAAGACAGGAUAGCAAAGACAGAGAGAGAGUGCUAGAUCAGCCACCUGAGUUGUUACCAAGACAAGACAGCAAGGAAAGGGCAAGAAACGGUGUAGACUGCAGGCAUGAAAGCAGGGAGAGACUGCUGGAUCAGCCACCUGAGCUCUUACCCAGACAGGAUAGUAAAGAGAAAGCCAGGAAUGGCGUGGACUCAAGGCACGAAAGCAGAGACAGGCCACCUGAGCUUCUUCCCCGACAAGAGAGCAAAGACAGAGCUAGAACCGGAGCAGAAUACAGGCAUGACAGCAAAGACCAUCGGCCUGAUUUGUUACCGCGACAAGAUAGCAAAGAGAGGGUAAGGAAUGACACGGAGCAUAAACAUGAGGGUAGAAUAGACCAGCCACCUGAGGUCCUACCCCGACAGGAAACAUCCAGGAGUGGAAACAGCAAGGAUAGGGUUGGCUACAGCUCUGAAUCCAAGCAUGAGGGGAGAGAUCGAAGCUGCCACAACGGAGGAGAUCCUGCUCCUCCUCCCUUACCCAGGCAGGACAGCAAAGAGCUGAGCAGAACUGGACUCGAAGUGAGACGAGACAGCAAAGACAGAAGUCUGAAUGGCUCAGAGCAGCAUCAUUAUGAUGUCAAGAGCACAAAAAGCCCAUCCAUAAUGGAGCAUAGGUGUGAUACUAAAGAACGGGGUUACCGAUCGGAUGGCACGCCCAGACGAGAUAACAGAGCCAACUACAGCAUGGACCAGUCAAAAGCACAAGAGAGGAAUGGCAGCACAAUAUCAGGGCAGCAUUCAUCCACAACGACACCUACUCAUCACGGGAGAUCGUCUGGUAGCCCGCCAAUGAACAUGGGAACCGGAAAUGAUCUGAAAGCAGUACCUAAAUAUGGGCGCUCACCUUCUAUGCCUGCUAACGCCUCCCCGAUGGGAACUCCACAAAGGAGAGCAGCAGAGACACAACAAAGUCAGAUGCCCCAGAUGCCAUGGAUCUGCGGGGACACCACUAUGCUUGAACAGAUUGAGAGGAAACGUACGCUUUGCAUGGAGAUCCGUUCCAGACAACAUCCACACCUGCAGAGAACUCUUGACAGGCCCCCUCCUCUGGACAGAAAUGAGGACAGGCACCAGGAGCGGAGUCAGUGCAAGCAAGAGAGUGUAUCAGUCCUCCCAGGCUGGGGGAAAAGCAGCGGGGCCAAAAAGAUUCGUCCUCCCCCUUACCCCACACAGACAACCGUGUUCUGGGACACGGCCAUCUGACAGUAAUGACACACUUGCACCUCCCUGCCACACAACCCCGAAUUACCCACUCCCUCUUUAUCCUUAGUUGAGCUGAUGAUUCCCUGCAACAUCAGGGGCAUCAGCACAACCGAUAAGAGCACCAGGGGGAAUGAUACUCGCUGAUGUCAAAGGACAAUGGUGGUUACCAUAGCAAUAUUUCUGCUUGUUCAGGUUGUCAUGUUUUCUUAUCAUCACUGGUGAUAUUUGAUAUUUUUCUAUUUCCUGUGAUUGGAUUCUUGUAAUAUAAUUAGUAGAAUAGAUAUUUGAUGAAUAGAUAUUUUCUAAAUCAGAUGGGGAUUAAAAAGCAGCUUAAAUGAUGUAUAGUAGAUGUAGAUGCAAUCUAACAUUUGUUUUCCAUUAUUUUUUGUUUAGGUUCUUUUACGUUCAAAAGCAUAAUCUAUCAAUACUUGUACUAUAGUAGCAUAAUUUUCUUAUGCCCAGCUCUUUUUUGUGCUCAGAAGCACUAAAAUAAAUGGACUAUUCAGUUCUGUCUAUAAAUACUUUACAUUUUCACUGUUGUAUUGUAAGUUCAGGAGUUAAUGUCAACGUGCUUUAGACUCCAGCGCCCUCCAUGCCUGGUCCAGUAUGUACUAGAAUGUACAACAGUUGGUCCUAGAACAGAAACAGGGGUGUACUUCAGUUUGUAUAUUACAGUAAGAAGCUGUGUGGUUACUAUGUCAAAGCCUUUUGAAGCAGUUUUAGUUGUUUUAUGGGAAAACCUGUUGGCUGGCAUGUUGUAGAGGACAGAGAAAGUGUGAAAUGUUUCUGCUGUAUUCUCAGAUACACUAUGAGGGUGGGUUGGGGAGGUAGUAAAUUAGAACAUACAUUUAUUAACAGUAUAAUUUCCAAAACCAGCCAAAGCCUCUUAAAGCGAGAUAUGGGUGUGGUUGCACUUUGGACAGUUGGUUAUUUGAAAUGGGGUCGGUGGCAAUAGCUGGCAAGUACCAGCGCCUUUACUUUGCCAUGCACACUGCAAGCACCAUGACAUAGUGUAAAUACUUGAUGCCAACGACCAGCCUGUACAAUCAACACCCGAGCUUUUAGAACAUUUCUUAAUUUUACUGCAGAUUAUAAUAGCCAUAUGCACUUGCUUAAGAAAUAACUUUCAAGAUUAUGCUUACAUAUAUAUUUUUUGAAAAUAUUAAAGGUAGCUGUGCCAUGCAACUUUUCAUUUAUUGGCGAGGAGGUAAGGCCUCAGGAGGCUGGCUGUGUGUGACAUGCAGUCAUCUAUGAUUGGUUGUCUCUGACAAUAUUCCCAAUUCAAUUGGCUGGCAACCAUCGUAGAGAUCAAAUUGUUAAGGACCUAUAACAUGGCAACAGCUCUGCCCAGUCAAACAGACAGGGGUUGCACAAGGGCCUGCAAAUCUUUGAGGCUUUGUUAAAAAAAUAAAAAAUAAAAAAAAUAAAGUAUAGAAACACUGCACUACCCAUCAUAUUCCAUUACAUUUAAUCAGGCUGAUUACAUAUACGCCCCUCUCCUCCUGCUCUCUCCCUCCUACCUCAGCCUCCUGCUUACAUCAUCUAAAUUGGUUCUCUUCGGCACAUUAAAAUGCAAUUUUGACAUUGCCAAAUGAGCUAGCCCUCAGAGUGGAGUGCAAGUGCAGUAGCUCUUCUCUGGUGAGAAUCAGUGCUACAGAGGUCCCUCUGCAUUGUACCUGUGUGUAUGUAUGUGUGUGUGUGUGUGUGUGUGUGUGUGUGUGUUUGUAUGCAUGUGAGGGAGAGAGCUGUGUGUGUGCCAAGCUACACUGUAUGCAAGUUGAAUCUUUAAAAAUGAUUGUUUUAAGACAUUCACUUUGCCCUACCCAUGAUAUUGGUGGGUGGAGGAAAUGUAAUAAUGAUGAUGUACAAUCUUUUUGUGUGUAUAAACGUGCACUGUGAAAAGGUAGAGAGAGCACCGCACUGUCAGAGUCCUCUGUCUUAUUGCACUGAGUGUUCUCUUGUUUUGCGUACUUAAAAAGAAAAGGAAAAAACAUGUUUGAGGAAAAAAGUACUGUAUUCUGAUUGUCACUUGGGUUCUGUUGAGAGAAAUAAAUAAAUAUGAACUUGAAACCUGC